UUUUGUGUACUAUUUUAUUCUCACUUCAGAAUCAAGACGCAUUCCUUGGGAGUUUUCUUAAAGAUUAUUCUUGUUCAUUUUUGUAGAGGCUAGAAAUGGUUGCAGAAUCAUGGUUUCGCAGUCUGUGGAGAACUUCGAGGAAGCACGAGUUUGAUUCCAAAACGGUACGGAUUGGGGUUUUGGCUUUUGAAGCUGCAAGCUUGGUGUCAAAGCUUCUUCACCUAUGGCAGUCACUUACUGAUAAGGAAGUUACUAGACUGAGGAAGGAGAUAAUAAAUUCAGUGGGAAUUAAAAAGCUUGUGUCGGAGGAUGAUGAUCGCAUUAUGAGGUUGAUAUGCAUAGAGAUGAUGGAGAACUUAGGACAAGUGUCACGAGCUGUGGCGAGGCUGUCCAAGCAAUGUAGUGAUCCUAUGUUAAGGAGUUUUGAGCAAGCCUAUAAUGAUUUGAUAAUGAUUGGUGCUGACACAUUUGGCUGGCAAUUCACAUGGAAUAAGAUGGACAAGAAAACUAAGAAGAUGAAGCGGUUCAUCAUCACAAAUGUCAAUUUAUAUCAAGAAAUGGAGACACUUGCGGAUCUUGAGCAGACUUUGAAGAGAAUGAAGGGUAACAAUAAUGGGGACAGCAUUAGUUUGGUUGAAUACGAAAAGAAGGUUGCUUGGAAGAAGCUAGAAGUGAAGCAUCUAAAGGAGAAUUCUCUUUGGAAUCGGACUUAUGAUUACACAAUUCAUCUUUUAGCAAGAUCUGUAUUUACUAUACAUAGUAGGGUUGGACAUGUUUUUGGAAUUAGUCAUUUGGCAGAAGUGGGGGUCACAGAUUCUAGAGUUUUGGAUUCUAAUUAUAGUCGUCGCAGCCAAUCAAUUCUCUUGAUGCAAUCAUCAGUUCACCCUACCGAAAAUAGCAUCCCUAGAUUUUCUUCGGGUUCAAUAGGAAACAAGAUUUCUAUGUCAGGUCCAAUCGCGAGGGCAAACAAUGUUAGUGAUUUUCAUUCAGGCUCUCAUGGAAAUUCAAUAACAGCAUCUGGUCCGAUCUCUGGAAAACAUAGUGCUGUUAGCUUUUAUUCUGGUCCUCUUGUUAGGUCAACGGAAAAUUCUGGCCCACAACCCAAAGCAAGCAAAAGCUCCAUGAGGUUGUGGCAGUUCCGUAAUAAAUCUUCAAAUUCAAAACAAAAAAUUACGCAUUCGAAACCAAACAGAUUAACCGCAUCAGGACCUUUAACAGGAGGAUGCAUGAUGGGUGAUGUUAAUGUUAGAGUUCCAGACGUGACUAAGGAUGUCAGUACAGAACUACAUUCUCAUGGCAACUCCGCUCAUGGGAAUCUAUCAGUUGGUUCGAAGAACCGACUGUUGAAUGCCCCUCGGGAUUCCCUUGGUGCAGCUGCCUUAGCACUGCACUAUGCAAAUAUUAUCAUCGUAAUUGAGAAAUUGGUGGCAUCUCCUCACUUGAUUGGUAAUGAAGCAAGAACUGACCUUUACAACAUGUUGCCUGCUAGCAUCAGGGUGGGCCUCAGGGUUAAACUGAAGCCAUGUACUAAGAGUCUGUCUUCGUCUUUUUGUGAUUCAGCUCUUGCCGGAGAAUGGAACCAGGCAAUGUCGGAUAGACUAGAUUGGUUGGCUCCACUUGCUCAUAACAUGAUAAAAUGGCAGUCUGAACGGAGCUUCGAGCACCAGAACUUAGUUUCCCGAACAAAUGUGCUUCUUGUACAAACCCUCUACUUUGCAAAUGAGGAGAAGACAGAAGAAUCGAUUAUUGAGCUACUUGUUGGUCUCAACUAUGUGUGGAGAUAUGCUAGNGUACAUGGUGGAAGGCUGCUUAUUACAAGUUUAUAA